AUACAUGAUCAAUUUGGCGAAAUUACACUGAUUAUGUUGGGGUGAAGAAGGAGUGUGUGUGUGUGUGUGUGUGUGUGUCUCUCUUUGAGAGAGAGAGAGGGCGAGAGAGAGAGAGAGAGAGAGAGAGCUUACAAGCGACGAGGAGACGACGAGAGGAGGAUCUGCAAAGGGAGAGAAAAAAAGCGCUCCCUAUUUUUCGCCCGCCUCUCUUCGCUCCUCUGCUUAGCAUCACAUAGGGGAGGCAGGACCAGAGGAGAGCAUCUCCUUCUACUACAUUUGUUCUGCAUUGUCAAAGGUUUAGUGUAGGAGGACACCUGGUGAAGGAGAAGCCAGGAGUAAGAGAAGGGCUGGUAGCGUUGUAGUAUCCCUCCUAUAGAGCCGUUAUAGAGGAGCGAGGAUGCUUAACAACCUAACUGACACAGAAGAGGGGGACGGGGGACCCAACAGCCAGGGUGAUGGGAACCCCAAGGAAAGUAGUCCUUUCAUCAACAGCAGUGAUGCUACGGAGAAGAGCCAGAAAUACGAUGGCAAACAUAUGGCUUUGUUUGAGGAGGAGAUGGAGACUAGUCCCAUGGUAUCAACCAUGAUCAGUAGCCUGGCCAACUACUCCAGUCUCCCCCAGGGCAGCAAGGAGCACGAGGAGGAGGCAGACAAUGAGGAGGAAGACAAAAAGAAGAAGAAACCUGUCAAGGCUCCACAGUUGGGGACCCUGAUGGGAGUGUACCUCCCCUGUAUCCAGAACAUCUUCGGGGUGAUCCUGUUCCUGCGGAUGACCUGGAUGGUCGGCAUCGGAGGAGUCAUUGGCUCCUUCAUCAUCGUCUUCAUGUGUUGUUCUACUACUAUGCUGACUGCAAUCUCCAUGAGUGCCAUUGCCACCAAUGGUGUUGUUCCAGCUGGAGGCUCCUACUACAUGAUCUCCCGUUCUCUGGGGCCUGAGUUUGGGGGCGCCGUGGGCAUUUGUUUCUACCUGGGAACAACGUUUGCUGGAGCCAUGUACAUCCUGGGGUCCAUCGAACUCUUACUGGUCUACAUCCUCCCCCAGGCAGCCAUUUUUAAGAUGGAGGGUCUGGAGGGGGCCGAGGCGGAGGCGGCCAUGCUGAACAACAUGCGUGUGUACGGCACCAUUGUGCUCAGUUUCAUGGCCACGGUGGUGUUUGUGGGGGUCAAGUACGUCAACAAGUUAGCCUUACUCUUCCUGGCCUGCGUCAUCCUGUCCAUUCUGGCUGUGUAUGCCGGAGUCAUCAAGACGGCCAUCGAGCCACCUGACUUCCCAGUGUGUCUGCUGGGUAAUCGCCCGCUGAUCUCCAAAGGGUUCGACGUGUGCGCCAAAACAUUGGAGAGUGGCAACGGCACGGUCACCACCAAGCUGUGGAACGUCUUCUGCGACUCGCCCUUCCUCAACGCCACCUGCGACGAGUACUUUGUCAACAACAACGUGUCCUUCAUCCAGGGCAUCCCUGGAGUCAUGAGCGGCAUCCUCAAAGAGAACCUAUUUGGGAAUUACCUGGAGAAGGGGGAUCUGGUGGCUAAGAAGGGGAUCGCGACCGUGGAGGGCCCUGAUGACACUCUGACCAACUCCAACCGUUACGUCCUGGCCGACAUCACCAGCUUCUUCACCCUGCUGGUCGGAAUCUACUUCCCCUCCGUCACAGGGAUCAUGGCCGGAUCAAACCGCUCAGGAGAUCUACGCGACGCUCAGAAGUCCAUCCCCAUCGGCACUAUCAUGGCCAUCACCACUACCUCAAUAGUGUACAUGUCAGCUGUGGUCCUGUUCGGUGCCUGUAUCGAGGGAGUGGUCCUUAGAGACAAGUUUGGGGAGGGCGUCAAUGGUAACCUGGUCAUUGGCACCUUGGCCUGGCCGUCACCGUGGGUUAUUGUCAUUGGCUCCUUUUUCUCCACCUGUGGGGCGGGGCUUCAGAGCUUGACGGGUGCUCCGCGUCUCAUGCAGGCCAUCUCCAGGGACAAUGUCGUGCCCAUCCUACGGGUGUUUGGCCAUGGGAAAGCCAACGGGGAGCCCACCUGGGCCUUGCUACUGACAGCGGGUAUCUGUGAGAUUGGGAUCCUCAUUGCCUCCCUGGACGCAGUGGCCCCCAUCCUCUCCAUGUUCUUUCUGAUGUGCUACAUGUUUGUGAACCUGGCCUGCGCCUUGCAAACCCUCCUGAGGACGCCUAACUGGAGGCCACGCUUCAAGUUCUAUCACUGGGCCCUGUCCUUCCUGGGUAUGAGUCUGUGUCUCUCACUCAUGUUCAUCUGUUCCUGGUUCUACGCCAUCGUCGCCAUGGUGAUUGCUGGCAGUAUCUACAAGUAUAUCGAGUUCCGCGGGGCGGAGAAAGAGUGGGGUGAUGGGAUACGAGGCAUUUCUCUCAGCGCCGCCCGAUACGCUCUGAUGAGACUGGAGGAGGGGCCGCCACACACCAAGAACUGGAGGCCUCAGCUGCUGGUGUUGGUCAGUACAGACGUGGAGCAGAAUGUGGAGCAGCCUCGUCUGCUCUCGCUGACCAACCAGCUGAAAGCAGGCAAAGGGCUGACCAUCGUGGGCACCGCCUUGGCGGGCACCUACCUGGAGAACCACCCCCAGGCCCAGCGGGCAGAGCAGUCUCUGCGUAAGCUGAUGGAGACAGAGAAGGUGAAAGGCUUCUGCCAGGUCACUAUCUCGUCCAACAUGCGCGACGCCACCUCCCACCUGCUCCAGGCUAGCGGACUGGGCGGCCUCAUGCACAACACGGUGCUGGUCAGCUGGCCACGCAACUGGAAGCAGGCCGAUGACCUCCAGACCUGGAGAGAUUUCAUUGAGCUGGUUAGGGAGACCACUGCCGCCCACCUGGCCCUGCUGGUGCCCAAGAACAUCGCUGCCUUCCCUUCCAAUGGAGAGCGCUUCUCCGAGGGCCACAUCGACGUGUGGUGGAUCGUCCAUGAUGGAGGCAUGCUGAUGCUGCUGCCCUUCCUUCUGCGCCAGCAUAAGGUGUGGAGGAAGUGUAAGAUGCGCAUCUUCACCGUGGCCCAGAUGGACGACAACAGCAUCCAGAUGAAGAAAGACCUGACCACCUUCCUGUACCACCUGCGUAUCGAUGCCGAGGUUGAAGUGGUGGAAAUGCACGACAGUGACAUCUCAGCCUACACCUAUGAGAAGACCCUGGUGAUGGAGCAGCGAUCGCAGAUCCUCAAGCAGAUCAACCUGACCAAGACCGAGCGAGAGAGAGAGAUCCAGAGCAUCACAGACUCAUCCCGCGGAUCCAUCCGGCGUAAGAAUCCGGCGGUGGUGACCACCCAGCUGAGUGUGACCGAAGAACAGCCUGGGGUGAGCAGCAAGGUGGAGAAACCAGAGGAAGAGUCUGCCUCUGUCCCUGUGUCCCCUCCCACUCAGGUCCAGCUCAUCCACGACAGCACCAGCCCGACCAGUCCUGCCACCCCGGCUACCCCUUUGACUCCAGCCUCCGAGGGGGGGGCCCAGACCCCAGGGUCUGCACAGGUCCAGAUGACGUGGACAGAAAAGGCCGACGGCGAGCCGGCCAAGCCGCCUGGCGCCUCCACGCCAGAGGGCAUCAAAGACAUUUUCAACAUGAAGCCUGAGUGGGAAAGCCUAAACCAGUCCAAUGUGAGGCGCAUGCACACGGCACUGAGGCUGAACGGUGUCAUCGUGAAGAAAUCCUCAGAGGCCAAGCUGGUGCUCCUCAAUAUGCCCGGGCCGCCCAAUAACCGGUCUGGAGACGAGAACUACAUGGAGUUCCUGGAGGUCCUGACUGAGGGUCUCAAUAGGGUCCUCCUGGUUCGUGGUGGCGGUCGCGAGGUCAUCACCAUCUACUCUUGAGAGAGCAGACCUUCAUCCCCCGAACCCCACAUCUAGAAAAAAUACCCCCCUUACAUUUGUUUUUGUAAGACACUCCCCUCACACCCAAGCAAUAGACCAGCUCACUCUAAAUGAUCUUCUGUUUGCCCAACACACACACACGGUUUAAAUAAGUUCACCCCAUACACUUCCCUAUGAGCACAAGAAGUUAAAUGACGUAUAUUGGGUUAAAAGAAUGCUGAAAAUAUGUAUUUUUGCUCGAAAAAAUGCUGAAAAUACCUAUUUCGGGUUGAAAAAAAUGUUUAAAAAAAUGUAUAUUUAGCAUCUUGUCCUCACUGGAUAUAGAACUACACCUCACUCUUCCAGCCCUUUUCUGGCCCUAUAUGAUGUCAGAGGUAGCUGCUUUUAGCAUCAUAUCAAAUAUAACUCAGAGACUUGGCUUCCCCCUCUCCGUGGCCCAAAUAACUUAUAGAGGAAAGGUUCAGUCCACUUCCAUAUCAGCCAGAAAGAUUAUCAGUCAAUACUCUGAAAUGAAAUAGGGUAAGAUAGCGCCCUCUGCUGAAUAAUUUGCAGUUAGACAUUACUGCCCAGCUCCAACCACUUUUGUGUUAUUCAUAUCUGCCUUUUGAUCAAUUCACUAGUUUAAAAAAUAACAAAUUCUUAUUGACAAUGACGACCAAACUUUAACCCAGAUGACGCUGGGCCAAUUGUGCGCCGCCCAAUCAUGUCCGGUUGUGAUACAGCCUGGAAUCGAACCAGGGUCUGUAGUGACUCCUCGAGCACUGAGAUGCAGUGCCUUAGACCACUGCGCCACUCGGGAGCCCUAGUCACUCGGCUAUGGAGUCAAAGGAUACAGAGGGUUAGGUGAGCUGGGGUUGUUCAGUGUGGUGUUUGUGCCUGUGUGUUUAAGUGUCACAUUCAUCCGAUUGUGGUUUGUACGAGGGGAUGUUUUAGAGUGCCAUCGAGUCACCUACCUGUAAACAUGGAGUAGCCUUCCAAGACUGAACGGUGGAGGACUGAGGAUGUUGACAUUGUGUAGCUAGUCGUGUAUAUCACCCUGUGAAACCACAGCAAAGAGAGAAUAUCGAAAAGCUCCUGCGGCAAACCCUGUUCAUCGCGUGCGGAGAUGACCACCGUCGAGAAAGACUGCUACCCACGGUCAUGGUCGGUGGUUAGAAGAGACUAUGGUCAUUUUUUAAAUCCGGGUCAGUCAUGAACGAAAGAACCACAGUUGGAGGAAGAUGGGAGAGAAACAAACAAGCCUCCCGUGACGACAUAGAUCGCGCUUCAUGAACUUUGACCUCAUUUUGAGCACUCCGCAACAUGUUUGUUUUUGCUCACGCAUUGUCAUCAUAUUUAUACUUGUCCCCUUUCCCCUUUCUACGUGGCUAUGUGUCCUUUCCAGCUCCAGCCACUGUUAGUGCCAAAAACAAACAAGGCUAGCUUGGUUUUAGAUAUUGACACGUCGUUAAACUGUGAGGAGCGUUCUUAGCGGAAAAGUCGUCUGACAGACGAGCUGGGGCUCUUUCUCAAUUGUCUUUCCUCAAUUCCUGCUGUCCUCUUUCCUCGAUUCCUUGUGUUUCCUCACCUCCUUGGACAGAGAGACAAGAGCUGUGUUUGAAUACUCAUACUAAUCAUUUGUGACGUAAAUUGAUUGUAUAAUGUGCUUAUUGGUCAUAGUAUGGAUAUAGAUAGUAUGCCAAAAGUUCCCGGAUGUCGUACUCCAUUCGCCAAAAUACGAAGUAUACAUGCAGUGGACACUUUUUCAGUGCUUUUAGGGCCCAUAAUGUAAUAAAAAAUAACAAAAAUACGUUUUCAGAUUUUAAGAAAAUGGCGGAAAAUAUGCAGCCGAAGUCCCAACGAAAGCGGAUACAAAUAUGACAAAUGUUUAAGAAACUGCUGAGCAAUGUAAUAAAGUAAUGACUUUUCCAGUAAGUUACCUUACACGUUAUGUAGGCUGACAAUUUGUUAGCUACGCUGUCCUUACGAACCGCAUAUAAUACAUUUUUUAAAUUUAACUACGCAAGUCAGUUAAGAAGAAAUUCUUAUUUACAAUGACGGCCUACCCUGGCCAAACCCUAACCCGGACGAAACUAGUCCAAUUGUGUGCCGCCCUAUGGGACUCCCAAUCAUGGCCGGUUGUGAUACAGCCUGGAAUCAAACCAGGGUCUGUAGUGACUCCUCUAGCACUGAGAUGCAGUGCCUUAGACCACUGCGCCACUCGGGAGCCCCAUCAUUACAGCAGUAUGUACCCGUAUGUUAGCUAACGUUAGCUACCUAACGUUAGUUGGCUACUAAUACAUCAAACUUGCUAGUAUAUUAACUAUAUGCUAUCUAACUAACUCCCCAACAUUUAUUGACUUGAUUAUUCCCAUCAUUGUUAGUUUAGCUAAGUGGUAUAGUUGUUGUGGGUUCUCAAUGGACAUGCGUUUGUAAAUUCGCUCUGGCUAUCUACUCCGAUUUCAGAGCGCUCUCCUCUGAGUGUGCCAGAGCACAGAAUAACUGAUGAAUUUACUAACGCUCGACACCAGUUCAAUAUGGUCGGUUUCAGUAAACAUUGUCAAAAAAGUGUAAUUAAAUUGUUGCCAGUGUAACGGAUGUGAAAUGGCUAGCUAGUUAGCGGGUACGCGCUAAUGUGUGCAGAAUGUCCCUGGUUUGCGCCCGUGUCGGGGCGAGGGGACAGUUUAAAGUUAUACUGUUACACCAGCAGCACACAGUUACCAAUGCUCUGGAUAACAUGAAACAGCCUAACCAGCUCUGCUAGGGCUAAUAAAAUGGUCAGAGUGAGGUGUUCUCUCAUUUGUGUCUGGAAGUACUUAGCCAGUUAGCUUGGGUGCUUGACUGCAGUUGGGACUUCAGAACGCUUGGAUCAACCCGAGCGUCCAGUUAGUGCUCUGAAAACUCUGAAUUUACAAACAGACAAUCUGACAACGCUCUGAAUUUACGAACGCCAAGAACACAUUCUGGCACUCCAGAUUGAAUUUGAUAACAAACCUGAAGUCGUAAAAUGUCUAGCUUGUAAUGCUAACAAGCUAGCGAGAGGUUGCAUAGUAACAGCAAUAACUUCCGGUAAACAGGCAAAGCGCUAGUACGCUCAACUGAAGGGAUACCGUUCGUUUACAGUAUACUAAAAUGAACUUAUAGUAUGUAGUAUAUUGCUAGUAUAUUAAGUAUGUAGUAUACAGUAUGUUAGUGUGGGUAUUCGAAAAAAGGAAUUGAGGAAAGACCAUUGAAAAAGAGCAAGGGGGUGAUUAUAAGCAGUGACAUCAUCUUUGUCAGGCAACUGAUCCCAGUGUGGAUCACUGUAAAUAGUGUACAAGCUCGGACGCGUUGUUAAGUAUGACUGUAGUAUUUUUGUGACUUACUAAAAAGCUUCUAGUGGAGAAAAUGUUCCUUCUCUCAAAGGGUCGGCUCCAAACUGCUUUUGGAUGGUUUAGGCUCCUAUCACUAUGGUAACUGUUGCUGUAUCCUUGAUGAGUAUUGCACUGCACUGUCCGCCACUGUUCAACAAGUGAUUUAAAAAUGUUAUUUUUCCAUCUAGAAAACAAAAUGUUGUUUAUGUUUAUAGACAAAAGUUAAACAUAUUUAUAUAAUACAGAUAUAAUUACAUUAUUGCUCAAAAAUAUAUUAUGUUGUUUUGACAAAUUUAGAUAUGUUCCAUGUGCCAUAUAAAAAAAUAUUUUUAAAUGAAAAAUAGAUCUAUGAAAGUAUAAUAUUGAUUACAUUACAAAGUACAAAUUGUACAUUAGGUUGAUGCGUUAGCGUGCAACUAACUAGUAAUAGAUGUACAGUGAUUUAAUGGAAAAGGGUUCCACAGCUAUGAAACUCACCCUGUCCAUAAAACGGAUCUCUUUGCAGUAGAAUCCAAAUAUGUGAUUUUGUAUCCACAGAAUUGGCACAGAUGUGAGCCAAUAUUUAUGUCCUGACAAUGAAUGGAUUAUUAGCGAAUUAGAAUAAAACCUUAUAAAGUGCAUUUUGAAAGGAAUGUGCAAUACCUGAAAUUUGGUCUCACAUAUUCAUGUUAUUUUUUUUACCAUAUAUUUUAUGUAGAUUUAUUAAUAUAAUCUCACACUGACCAAGGACAGCUAUCAUCAUGUUUUCAUUUUCUGUUGUGAAAGAAACUGUUUUUGGUCACUUGCACUUGUAUUAGAACUAUGAAUAUAAAUAUAUAUAUAUAUAUAUAUAUAUACAAUAGAGAGAAUAAAACAAUUGAUUAAACUAGUUUAUAUAGAUAUUGAACACAGUAUUUAUGUUUAAAGUGUCGUUUGAAAGUCAGACUCAGAUGUUGUGAAUGCUGCUAGUAUUAUUAGAUUUAUUUGAACUGUAAAUAAACAUGUCUAAAGGAACAUAUAUACAAAAGAUAUCAGAAAAAGAGGUAGGCAUAUAUAGAAAUACAUAUCAGUGCUGGUGGUUUGUCUCCUCCAAGACAGGACCCGGCUUUACCUAUUAACUAUUGGCCCGAGAGUCUUUCUGGACAGGAGUCAUUGUCCGCUUUGGAGGAGAACUCUCCUGAAGAUAUUAUACAAUAUUUUGUGGCAAUACUUAGCCCAUUAGGGUGCAAUGUUUUUGGAGAGUCUGGGGGCAGUCCCCCCCCUUUAUUUUCCCCUCUCUUUUCACAAAUGAAAUGGCACUCGAUGAUCCCAUCCCCUUAUAUUCACAUUUAUUCUAGAGGAACUCUGAGCCCAGACUGCAGGUUUGAAUGUUUUAUCGAGUUGAAUUGACAACAGUAGUGCAAGAAAGUGUUGUUAGCACUUAAAGUUAAGUAAAGUAAAGUUACUUGUUUUACAUUUUGAUUGUGCUGACUGAAAUGUUAACUGCAAUGGAACAAAAGUUCUCUAUCAGUUACAUCAUAUCUCUUACUAGAAAAUACUCUGGCCGGCUGAUCUGGCCGCUGAUCUAGUUUUUACAAAUGGACAAUACAUUAUUAUAACUCUUUCCCUUACUUAAUAUGAUGUAUGAUUCUCUCCUAUUAUUACACAAUUUGAUUAAUAGACACUCGUAUCAACUUUCAAAAUAUGUGGCUAUUUGGAGAUCGUACUAGAACAUUGCUUGCAUUGACUGAGCCUUUAAUUGAAGAGUUUAAUGCCAAAAUGCUAUAUAUCAAUUUUCAGAAAUGUUGGUCAAUUUGUUUUUAUUUAUUUAUUAUUUAUUGUUUAAAGAAAUUAUGAAAGAGAUUGGCCUGUUUUUUCACUAUCUAAUCAUGACAUGGGGUUGUUCAAUGAAAAGACAUGUAUAAAAUCUAUCACUUGAUGGUUUCAUUUCAGAGAGACAAAUAAUCAUGUAUUUUGGCAAAAUGCUAAAUUACCGCCUCACUCUCAUAGAAAUAAGAAGUACUGCUAGGUUUAACACAGUCAAAUGUAACAAAUACUACAUUUUUUAAAUAAAUGUACAAAUGAUACAUCUGUGACAUCAAUAUAUAUAUUUUUAAAUUAUAAUAAUUAAAUAUAGUAAUAUGAUAUCUACUUGUAACACAUUUACAUUUUACAUUAUCGUUUUUUAGCAGGUGCUCUUAUCUAGAGCAACUUGCAGUAAGUUCAUUCAUCUUAAAAUAGGUGAGACCACCGCAUAUAACAGUCAAAUAUACAGGAUAUGAACAUUCCAUUCCAGCUAAACAAUGGUUAUACUGUAUUGCAUUUGGCAAAAAUAAACACAUUUUCAUACACAUCUAAAAUCUAUGAAUUAAAAAAAUCUGAGAACAAUAAUAUUUCACACACACAUAAAGGUACCCAUAAGAAAUAGUUUCUGAUGAAAAAACACAACUGUGAAAAAUUGGUGUAUGUAGCAUUAUGGAAAUAAACUCUGCAAUUCUAUCUAUAAAGAAACAAUUUUAGAUGUUGGUUAAAAAAGCAUUCAUUGGAAAUUGUCAAUGUGUUUUAUAAUUACUGUUUGCAUGGUCUUAUGUGGGAAUAUUUGUUUCAGUGCUUUAUGGUGUGAUGAUUUACAUGAACAAGGCAGGUUGUUUGGAAGGGGAACGUCCUCUAGCAACGCUAGGGCUCCCUUUGGGAGAGAUCCUGAGAAUGAUUUCCUCAUGGUUACGUUGCUAGUUAAACAUAGAAAAAAAGUAUUUUGGAAAAAAAAGUUUGAGUUCACAAUAUUAUUACUUGUCAUAUUUCAAUCUUGAUAAAUUAAUGUUGGUUAACGUAAUAUGAUAACUUAUUAUUUGAAUGGAUGGGCCAUAAAGAUCAUUUUGCUUUGUAUAUAACGCUGCAGUCAAAGACACUGUAGCCAACGAUGUUGUCCUUUGUUGUACACUGUUUUAUCACUGUGGACAAAGUCUUAGCGUUUUGUAAAAUUAUGUGCAAUAUUGUUUUUAUUUGGAUAACCGCUUUUCAUUAACACAUUAACAACUGACAAGUUGGCGUUCUGCUCAUCAGAAUGUUUAGAACCAGUUCUUAAAGUUAUCGUGUGUUUAUCUCGACUGUGGUUGCUGCGACAGAGAAACACUUAUUGUGAUUGAAGGUUUGAGGACCAAAUCAGUGUUUAAUAGAAACAAACUUGCCCAGUUUAAGCACUGAUUCAGAGCAUCCUCCUGUGGUAUAAGUGAGUACUGCAGCCAGUUGGCGUACAUCUGUGAGAAAGACAGAGCGGGAUACAUAGAUGAGAUUUCGCCAUCACUCUGCAGUUUUUCACUGCAAUUAUAUCCUACUUUUAUUUUCGUCCAAUGAGAUUUCGUGGAGAUUUGUAACCCCCCGGGUCACAAAUCUCCACCCACCCCAGCCCUGUACUUAUACGUAUGUGAUUUCAGUAUAAUUCUGAAUAUUGAAUCAAAGAAUAUAAAACAAGCGCUUCCACUUCUGGUACUGGCUCUGCUUGGACGGCUUAGAGGUAACUCGGGAGCACCAACACAGAUAUAGCUAUCUCAUCUAGGGCAGAUACACAAACCACUCCUAAAUCUGACCGUUUGCCUGCACAAUUGUAGCAUGGGACGAGUCGGCUGGUGAUCAUUGUGAAUGAUUCUCCAUCCUCGAAUGGAUAUUAAGGGCUCCAAAACAUAUCUGCUCCUGUGUUAAAGAGGUUGUCCUUUCGAGGGGACACAAAAAAGGACGAAACAAAAAAAACACAAAUUGGAGUGUAGUGCCUCACCAUAACCGUGGUUUUAGUCAACAAGACUGAACUGUGAUCCCCGCCACAACCAAAGUCUGUCACCUACUUAUCCCGAACCAAACGUGUUUAUACACUUCAAAUGGGUGAUUAUUGUGUACGUGAUAGUGUCCAUGCUGUGCAAGCAGAGCCCCAUUCCAGGUCUGUUGUGUAACUCAAUGCAUGCACAUUAUCCUGAACAAGGUGUAGUACUGAAUAUAUUGAAGUGUUUGUGGUAUACUGUGUUCUGUUCAUAUUGUUUUAGUUAGAUCGACCCCUUUCUUUAGACUGAAUGGAUAACAAUUGUUUGCAUCUAAGAUAAAUGAAUAUAUCAGUUACAGGAUUCUAUUUUUUAUUCACUUUGUCAAAGAGGUCCCUCCACAUCUUAUAUCAAUUGUUUCAUAUAAUAUAUAUCUGCAGAUAAAUGGAUUACCAAAGUAUAUUUCAGUUAUCACUUGUGAAAUUAUGUACCACUGAAUUAAAUGCAAACUCAGAUUAGAUGACAAAUCUUUUUGCCUUGAUUCCACACAGUGUUGGAACACACUGCGGUGUUUCAGAAAUUGGCAGCUACACCCCCCCCUACAAAAAAAUGAAAUACACCAUUGUUUCAAAAACAAAAUAUUUUCAGAUUUUGUCAAACAAAAAAUGCAAAAGGUAAACAUUACAAAACACAAACACUUAAAGACAAUGAUCAUGUAUUUGUCCAAAUACUACAAACAUCCAAUGAGCCAUGACCAGCAUUCUCCAUGUUCUUCUAAUGGUCUAGCUUUCUGACCCGUAAGCUUCUGCUAUGGUGUCAAUCUUAGCAUGAAUGUCCCUUUGAAACGAAUUACAAAACAAUUCCACCAAUUCAGAUCAACAUAAAGCAUUAAAAGACAUUUUUGGUUUGUUGUCAAUUCCUGUUGUGCAAGAAAUGUUGUAUACAUGUUUGGAAAAGGAAUGGCUGUAGAUAAAGAAUAUAUACAACUCUUAAAUCACCAAGUGAACCUGUUUUUCCCUUCCAAAACCUUAAUCCUCUUCCUUGGUACUGUAAAAGUAUUCUGGUAGAGCAGUAGUAUUCCUGUGUUUUCAGUUCUGUGGGUGUGUGUACACAAUGUGCACUUGUAAACACAGGGGGGAGGGGUUCUGUGCAUAAACCCAAAACAGUUAGUGUCAGUGUUAAUUUUGUGUGAGUGUUAAAUAUUUUAAAUAAAAACUAUUCUCUAUUGUGUAUCAUGGUAUAUUAAGAAAAAAAAGAAAAAGUUAUGUUACAUCUCUAUAGCUUCUGGCGAUACCUGUUCCAUUUUAUAGAUUUGUCAGCACAAAAUGCAAUAAACCAAUACCAUUUUAUUA